GACUACGAAGGAAUUUUAAUGACUCUAGAUGCGUACUUGUAUAUGCUGUUUUGACGGUGAUGGAUGUUGUGACUUCGGGGCUGUCUAAAGAAUUGGAAUCACAACCCGUUGCUGCGAGUAAGAUGACCGGCCAUCAUUCUAAACAAAGAUUCGCAAAAUUGAAUGCCCCAGAUGACAGGAUUUGACUCAAGAUGGAAAGGAAACUAACAAAGAUAGAUUACAUGUUUUGGCAAGCAGGUAUAACGAGAAAUGGAACUACGGAAGAUACUUAUUCACAACCAUUGCCAUGUUCUGCAUCGAAAUGCGAACUGAACGACGAAUUAUGGCCAAGAAACAUUCUUCUUCGCAAACAGGAACCAGUCCUGCAAACAAUGAAAAAAGUAGAAAACACGCCUGUCAGACGUCCAUCAGCACCCACCCUGCUCGUACGCCCGAAGGCAAGACCACAAGACAGGGUCGAGAUCAUCAACCGCCCUCUAUACAGCACAGCAGAGCUAUGCCGCCACCUUUGCAGGCAGUGCGAGAGCAACCAGAAAACUUCACUCUAGGGUGCCGAGGAUAUCUAUCAUCAACCAGGGUGGGAUCUGUGGCUCUUUUGGAGAACCCAGAGUGGGUCGAAUACUAUAGAAAUGAUUCUCCUGAAGAAGGGGGGGAAGUAUGUUAGCAAACUGUUAAUCCUGAAAGAUUGUUUGUGGAAGUG